UUACUGCAGCGUCACUAAUGUUGAUCUGCUUCAGUGUAAUCUAGCAUAGCGAGAAAGUAAAAUUUGAUGGCAGUUUGCUAUCAACAGUACUGUAGAAAUUAGGUGCCUUGUUAAGGAGAAAAUGGAGAAUCAGCAGACUGUACAAACAAAACAAAAAAACUGCCCAAGACUCAGUAGACUUACAGGCCUACUAUAUGCUACCGUUGCUGCCAUAUUCGCAGCAGUGGCUUCGUUAUUGACGAAGUAUACCACGACUGCAGAAGCAUCUCAGUUCGUAUUGUUUCGUUGUAUUGUCCAAUACCUGUUUCUUCUGCCUGUUAUAACCUACCGACGAACUAGUGUAAUUGGAGACAAGAGUUCUCUCUUAAAGUUCAUUCUUAUGCGAGGCGCAUGUGGUAGUUUUGCUCUUACACUGUUGUUUGUCGCUAUACAAAGAUUGCCUCUCGGAGAUGCCGUAGCAAUAAGCUACACAUAUUCUGUACUGGUUGGAUUCUUCGCCUGUUUAUGUCUAAAAGAGACAUGCAGUGUUUUCCAGAUCAUUUUCACAUUGCUAACUGCAGUGGGAGUUCUUUUCAUUGCGCAACCGCCCGCAAUAUUUGGAAACACUGAUGCGGCGUUACAAGACAACAUGAAAUACCCUGAACGAGUAAUUGGAAUUAUAGCUGCAAUUUGCUCAGCGAUUUUGAACUCUGUAACUUAUGUCAUCGUUCGUAAAAUGGGCAGCGAGGUUCAUUUUACCAUAUCUAUGUUCUACUACGCGUGGGAAGGCGCCGUUAUAUCGUUAAUCUAUCUAGCCGCAGCCGGAAAUUUGGAGAUACCGACGCUAUCGGAUUUCCCAUACAUCACCGGUGUUGCAGUCUUUGGAUUAAUUGCCCAAAUUUUCAUGACUAUUGCACUGCAGAAAGAAAAAGCUGGACCUGUUACUUUAGUCCAAACAACGCAAAUUAUCUUCGCCUUCCUUUUUCAAUGGGCUUUUCUAGGAAACACUCCGUCUCUAUACAGUGGUAUUGGAGGUUUUAUGAUUUUCUGCAGCUCGUUUGGAGUAACGUUAUAUAAAUUCUGGACUGCGGCACCGAAAAGUGGAGAUACAGCAAGCGAUUUGUUGACAGUUAUUGAACAAGAAAGGACAACUUAAGUUUAAAAACUGGCAAAUUGAUACACGCAUAUAAUUCACCAAAAAUGUGGUCAUUUAUAGCAAUGCUAUGUUACACCACGUGUGCCUGCUGUUGUAGCUGUUGUAUAGAAAGAUACCUAUAUAUUGUAAGGCAGGGGAAGAUGGGACACUUUUUCAUCCCAUUUUCUCGUCCCACUUGGUAGUAAACAAAGAACAUUUAAAGAAUUAUAAAACCGUAACCCCACGACCCCCAUAGACCGUUGUUAAUUGUUCAAAACACGAUCAGGAUACUUGGAUAUUAUGUGCUGGGGGUGUCCCGUCUUUCCCAACCCUACUAUACUAUACUUUGCCAGUGAGCAUAAGGUGUAUGAAUGCACCAUAUGUGUCAUGUAUGCUAUAAGAAGACACCUGUUUUUUAACUUGACCAUAAGCAUGAAGUGUAAGAAUAUACCAUGAUGUUUGAAUACAAGAACACCGGUGUUAUAACUUUACACUUUGCAUAAUGUGUAUAAAAACGCUAUGCAAGCCUCUUAUAUAUAUAUAUAUAUAUAUCCCUUCACAUUUUGUUAUUGACGUAAGUCGGAAAACGUAAACGAUGCGCAAUAGAAAAGUGUUCUAACUUUGAGUUGUUAAAUUUAUGUACUUGAUAUUUAUUUUAAUAUUUUGUUCAAAUCUUAAUUUCAAAAACAGAGAUUUUCAUUUUCAGUUCUUGGGUAAAUCGUUAUUAUUCACCGUUAAUAUAUUGUUGUUGUUUUUAUGCUAUUAAUAUACCGAAUGUAUAUAGUUACAACAAACUUCAAAUGUGUGAUUGUACUGUACAUUCAUUACUUUUCUUUAAAAUGCCGAUUUAAAUACGAUUUGGAACUAUAUAUAUAGAAGCACAAUUGG